CUUCCGGUUCCUAGGGAUGCGCAUCCGGGUCACGCUAACGCCGCGGUUUCCUCCACCCGCUUGGUUCUACUGUGGGUCUGGACCGGUCCCCAUGUCCUGUUGUGGGGCCUCUGCAUCGUUUGGACUGUGAAGACUGCUGAGAAAGACUCGGAAACCAGUCACAUAAGCAUAAUAAAGAAACAUUGGUCCUCAUGGAAGAAGAACAGGAUUUGCCAGAGCAACCAGUAAAAAAAGCCAAGAUGCAAGAAUCAGGAGAACAAACUUUAAGUCAAGUAAGCAACCCUGAAGUCAAUGAUCAGAAACCUGAAACGUCAAGCCUUGCUUCAAACCUUGCCAUGUCAGAGGAAAUUAUGACAUGCACCGAUUACAUCCCUCGCUCAUCCAAUGAUUAUACCUCACAAAUGUAUUCUGCAAAGAUAAUAACAGCUUUCUUACUUUUAGGCUCCUUAGUGGCUCCUGGUAACUGUGAGAAACCAAAAACUGGAGCUAUGUUUAAUGAUAAGCAAGGGUUAUCUUGCACGUGUUACAUUUGUGCAUUGUGGCCAGGUAUGAAACCUGAAAGUGGUUUAAUUCAGACUCCAUCUCCAAGUCAACACAGUGUUCUUACCUGCACUACAGGGCUAACCACAAGCCAGCCAAGCCCAGCACAUUAUUCUUAUCCCAUUCAAGCUUCAAGCACAAAUGCCAGCCUGAUAUCUACUUCUUCUACUAUUGCCAAUAUUCCAGCAGCAGCAGUUUCCAGCGUCUCAAACCAGGACUAUCCCACCUACACUAUCCUUGGCCAGGGUCAGUACCAGACCUGCUAUCCCAGCUCCAGCUUUGGAGUCACAGGCCAGACUAACAGCGAUGCUGAGGGUACCACAUUAGCAACAGCCUCGUACCAGACAGAGAAGUCUAGUGUUAUGGUCCCCACGCCUGCAGCACAGAGACUUUCCUCUGCAAUGUUUUAUAGUCGUCGGGUAUUUCUGUGGGACUUGGAUGAAACUAUCAUCAUCUUCCAUUCCCUUCUUACCGGAUCCUAUGCCCAGAAGUAUGGAAAGGACCCAACAGUAGUGAUUGGCUCAGGUUUAACAAUGGAAGAAAUGAUUUUUGAAGUGGCUGAUACACAUCUUUUCUUCAAUGACUUAGAGGAGUGUGACCAGGUGCAUGUAGAAGAUGUGGCUUCUGAUGACAAUGGCCAAGACUUGAGCAACUACAGUUUCUCAACAGAUGGUUUCAGUGGCUCAGGAGGCAGUGGCAGCCACGGUUCCUCUGUCGGUGUCCAGGGAGGUGUGGACUGGAUGAGGAAACUGGCUUUCCGCUACCGAAAAGUGAGAGAAAUCUAUGAUAAGCAUAAAAGCAACGUGGGCGGUCUUCUCAGUCCCCAGAGAAAGGAAGCACUGCAGCGACUUAGAGCAGAAAUUGAAGUUUUGACAGAUUCCUGGCUAGGAACUGCAUUAAAGUCCUUACUUCUCAUCCAGUCCAGAAAGAAUUGUGUGAAUGUUCUGAUCACUACCACCCAGCUGGUUCCAGCCCUGGCCAAGGUCCUUCUAUAUGGACUAGGAGAAAUAUUUCCUAUUGAAAACAUCUAUAGUGCUACCAAAAUUGGUAAGGAGAGCUGCUUCGAGAGAAUUGUGUCGAGGUUUGGAAAGAAAGUGACAUAUGUAGUGAUUGGAGACGGACGCGAUGAAGAAAUUGCAGCCAAACAGCACAACAUGCCCUUCUGGAGGAUCACAAACCAUGGAGACCUGGUGUCCCUCCACCAGGCGUUAGAGCUUGAUUUUCUCUAAAAACUGGAAUGAAGAGCCUCCCCCGAGCGCCUUUCCCUCCUGAAAGGAGCUAAAGACCGGAACCAACUGGGAACACACUCUCUCUCCUCCCCCACCCCCUUUUUCCUUUCCUUCUCCAUGGAAUGCCGGCGAGAACACAAUCAGAACCAACGUCUGUGAGGAACGGAAGCUUAUUUUACUGAGUAAGCUGCAGCCCGUGUUCAUCCUCACAGGAAAAUAGGAGGCAGUUGGAUUGAGAGAACAGCCUCACCACAGCCACAGUGCUUUUAAUUCCUCUGUUACUUUUUAUUUGUUAUAUUUUGUUUCACAAAAUGAAGAAAAAGAAAACCCUUGGGGCAGAGUUGCACUCUUAGUCCAUGACCAGACUGCUCUUAACUUGUGGUAGGAUAAAUGCGGCAGACUUUUAUAAGAACAUCUCUGGCAGUCUUUAUAAUCUCCUUAGCGAUAGAACAUAUUCCCAGUGAAUGUAUGUGUUAUUUUUAUAGGUGAGGAUCUGAUCUCUGAAGCAAGUCCCCCACCCCUUUCUUUUCUAACAAAAAGGGUGUGUAAAGUUUCCUUGGAAAAUAGUCAUUGAAAUAUCGAAAAUACCUCUCUGUGAUGGUAGCGCCUCUUAGCUGCUCCAGGAUCUGAUCUAGAUGGUUUCUUGCCUGUUCUUCCAGCUCCUGGUCUGCUGAACUAUGGGGCACUGGACACUGAAUACCAUUAGACUUUUGAUGUUUCCCCUCCUGGAAGCCUUAGGUUCCUCUUCCAGUCACUCCUCCCUUUAACCAGAUAGCACGGCUGCAGAAGCACCUCCUCUAGGCAGGAAAGUGUGUCUUCAGCUUAAAUCUCUCAUUCGAAGACAGUGACCGUAGAGAUUCCUCCACACUGCAGAGAAGGGACUAAGGCUUCCUGACUCUUGAAAUAGGAAGAUUCCACCUUUUCCUCCUGCAGAGAAGCGCCCUUCCCCAGUAGACACUCGCCCUACAACAGUCUCUUCCUCCUGAGUCAGCAGUGUGUGGCUCUUACCCUUCUCCUAUCUUCAGUCCUUCAGAUCCACCUCUGUGCCGUCUGGCCAGUCCCUGGGCCUGGGCCCAGGCCCACUGAGUCAGGUCUAAGGACAUACUCUGCAUUUUGACCAAAACUACUAAUGUACUUGGCUUUCCUGAAAGCCCUCAAGCCCUCUGAUGGGUAUUCUGGACAUACAUUUACUCCCAUCUCUGCCCGUGGCUAAAGAGCAGAUUGCCAUGAUCAAAACCUAGUUUUCCUGUGGAAUACCCUUCCUGCUUCCUCCUCAGAUUCCAUUCUGAAAUGGGAAAGCAGAAGGCCAGAAAGUCUUUCACUAAUUUCAGUGAGGGUGCUGGACCCCCUCCUCUCUUCCAAAAGGUUAACCCUGUGAGGCAGGGACAUCUCAGCCUGAUCUCUGGGAAGUUUAGUGGGUGCCAGGCAUGAGUCCCAGACCUCCGUCCCAACUGUUUGUGGAUGCUCUGUCCCUCCACGGCCAACCUGGGCAUCUGUUCAGGCAGGAUAGAUGCCCUAGAGCGGAGGAAGUUCUGGUUGCAGGGAGGAGACUGUGUAGGCACCUCAGCGAGCUGGGGCCCCAGCGGGAGAUGUCCUUAUCCAGGCCAGCUCUACCAGCAGUUAGAGUUCCCUGGCUCCCCAUCUCCCUCUCCAGAAAUACUGCAGCACAAAGAGGUGAGCCUCCUUCCGAUGCCAGCACCCAGAUGGCAGUAGCGGAGAGAGGCUGGCUCUAUUCCUUCAGGGCUGGUUGAGAAAGUGGCCAUCACGGUUGUAGGAUAUAGGCCUUUAGAGAGGAGUUACGGUCAGUGUUCAUCAUCUACCUGCCUCUUUGGUCUCCUUUCCUUCAUGUGGUCAAGGCUGGGGAGUUGGGCAGGCUGAGGUUGAACUUCCCUGGUCUGUGCCGCAGAUGCUGCGCUGCCUCACUUGAUAGUUGGUCUCAGAAAGCUGUAGGAUGGGGCUUUCCUUCCAGGCGAGUGCUGCCCAUGCUGGCGGGGUAACUGGUGUCUUGUCCUGGACGUGAGCCCCAGGUUGGUGCAAGCUCUGGGCUCUGGAGUGGUACCCCAUCAUGCACAUAUGGCCCCGCCCCGCCCUUCCCUUGGGAAGAAGCUUUCGAUUCAUCCUAGAAUAUGACUUGAACCCCUUUUCAAUGCCACUUUAGGUCUUUGCGAAAGGAACUUGAAAUUAUCCAAAAAUUGAAGCUCUCAUAACAGCACCCUUUGUUCUUUCCUGGUUGUACCCCCUCAAUAGAGGGCAAGCAGAAAAUGGGGUUCUUGCACCCCCUCUGCCAAAAUGAAUUGUUCUGGGACGCAGUGCUCUUUCACCCUGUGCUUUCUUCCUCCCCAGCACAAAGAUCUGGAAAGGGAGAUGGAAGCACAGAGCUCUUGGGAGCUGAGGGCCAAGGAUACUGUGGUCCUUCUCAAGGGGGAAGCCCUUCUCACUGGAAAAGUCUCCCCAGCGAGUGGGCCACAUGGGGAGGCCUUUCUUCUAGCCGGGCUUUGUAAGGUGGAGCUGUACACAGGUGAGGACUCGCUAGCUGGGGGUCAGGAGUUGUCAGUGUGUCCUGGGAAGAGGCGGCUCGACUUCCGAAUGUAAAACUGACUGUGCCUUAGCAUCACCCUGUCCAGGGGCUCUGGGGCAGCUGGUGGUGUCCAGGAGAUGGGGGACCUGUUCCAGACUUAGAUGCCUGUUUGGGCUUUUAUUUGGAUUGGGGUGUUCCUGUCUUCUGCUCUGCAAGUUGGGGGUGGAGAGGGCGAGGUUAGUGUCCCAAGAGACUUGUGCCACAGCUUGUUCGCAGUUUACAGAAACUCAGCUUUAAAGCUUCUUUAGCAAACUCCAGUUGCAGCACGUGGAGCUUCUAUAUGUUGGCUACCUUGAGAGGGUGCCGUGCCACUGAAGCGGGCACGGAGAGCACGGGCAGAGCCAUGUCCUCCCUCUCCUGGCAAUGUGGUCUGUGCCGAGGGUGGGGAGCUUGGGGCUUCUUUCAUUGCUCCUGCAGAAGGGAGUUGUUAGGGCUCCUCUUACCGGGGCUUCUAUUUCUCAUCACUAAUUUGGUUUCUUUUCACACCCAAAAGUUGGAACUCCCCAGAUUUCACACUCUAGGAGCCAAAUCUGAGAUUCGAAAAUAUCUGAAGCCACAAGAGAAAAUCUAGUUCUGUUCUGUCCCCACCAGCAUGCCUCUGCCCCUCCUGCCUGAGUUAGACAGCCCCAGCAAGCAGGUUCCUCGGCUAGUCCCGAACGCACUGACAGGAGCCAUCCAUCAAGGACGACUUCUGCUCAAAACGUGACCCUCGAUGUCAAUGCCUCGCUUAGCCGGACAAGGCAUGAACUGGAUUGGAUAUAUUUAUGUGACUGCGGGCAUUCAUGGCUGUAGAAUCCUUGACCAUGAUGUUAUCUGUAACGGGAACUAUCUUAUAAACUUGAAAAAAUAAAGUUUUUAU